AUGCCAAUCAACCAGCCCUCAAACCAGAUCAAGCUGACCAACGUGUCCCUGGUGCGCCUGAAGAAAGCAAAGAAGCGCUUCGAAAUCGCAUGCUACAAGAACAAAGUCCUCGAAUGGCGCUCCGGGAUCGAGACCGACCUCGACAAUGUCCUGCAAAUCAAUUCCGUUUUCCUCAACGUCUCCAAAGGACAGACCGCGCCCUCAGCCGACCUGGCGAAAGCGUUCGGGCCGAAGACUCCCGUAAACGAUAUCAUCCUGGAGAUCCUAAAUAAGGGAGAGAUGCAGGUGGGAGAGAAGGAACGGCAUGCGCAGUUAGAGAGGGUACAUGACGAGGUGGUGGGAAUUGUGGCGAGCAAGCUGGUGGAUCCCAAGACGAAGCGCGUGUAUACCACGGGCAUGAUCGAUAAGGCGCUGGAUAUGCUGAGUUCGCAAGGAUCGCAAGCCCAGAACGCCGGCAGUGGAACUGGGACGCCGGCGACGGGAGAGGAUGGGGAGGCAAAGCCGAAGAUCAAGGAGCAUGUCUGGACGGGUGUUGUGGCUACGAAGAGCGCGAAGAGUCAGGCCUUGGAGGCUAUGAAGGCUCUGAUCGCACAUCAGCCCAUACCCGUGGCCAGAGCGAGGAUGAGACUUCGCAUCACUUGCCCGACCAGUAUCCUCAAGCAAGCUGCAAAGGCCGCUGUGCCAAAGCCUGGCGAUGCCGAGGAAGGAGAAGAGAAGACGAAGGGCACCGUGAAGGACCGAAUCUUAAGCUACAUUGAGCAAGUGGAGACGCAAGAUGUUGUUGGUUCUGAAUGGGAGGUUACAGGGUUCGUGGAACCAGGUGCUUUCAAAGGCUUGGGAGAUUUUAUUGGAGGGGAGACAAAAGGUCAAGGCCGAGUAGAGGUUCUGGACAUGGCUGUCACACAUGAGGAUUGA